CUCUUCCUGAUUCUUCAGUUUCUGCCUACUCAUUCACUUCUUCACUCGUGAUCGAGAACCCCUUUCCCAUUGUGACGGGGUUUUUGUGCUCUAUGGGGUUUUCUUCAGCAAGUCUCCAUGCCUGUUGCUCGUUUCCUGUAAGAAGAUUAGAGCUUGCAUCCCAUGUGAGCAAAAAGUUUCAAUCUUUGUGUAGAAACACUUAUUUUGCCAUUUUUUCAUCUUGGUAUAGUGGAAAAGGCGAUAAUAGUGAAACUCUGUUGAGUAAUAGUGAAGGGGAAUCUGAAAAUGAAUGGGAGAGAUUAGUUAAGCCAUUUGAUCUUAAUGAGCUUCGAAAAACAUUCAAUAAAAUCACCCCUUACCAGCUCUGCAAGUUACUGGAGUUGCCAAUUGAUGUGCCCACAUCAAUUAGGUUGUUUCAGUGGGCAGGUUGCCAGAGGGGCUAUUGCCAUUCUUUUGAGGUGUAUAGUGUGCUCAUUGAUAAACUUGGUGCUGCGGGGGAGUUUAAGAUCAUAGAUAGUUUAUUGAUUCAAAUGAAAGAAGAAGGGGUUGUCUAUAGGGAGUCCCUUUUCAUUUUGAUCAUGAGACAUUAUGGGAAAGCAGGCUUACCUGGGCAAGCAACUAGAUUACUGUUGGAUUUGAAGGGUGUGUAUUCCUGUGAACCCACAUUUAAGUCUUAUAAUGUGGUCCUGGAAUUACUGGCGGCUGGUACUUGCUAUAGAGUUAUGCCAAAUGUAUUCUAUGACAUGCUGAAUAGAGGUAUUUCUCCAAAUGUUUACACAUUUGGGGUUGUAAUGAAAGCUCUUUGUAUGGUUAAUGAAGUAGAUGCUGCAUGCUCACUACUCAGGGAUAUGACAAAACAUGGGUGUGUGCCAAAUGCAGUGGUUUACCAGACUCUAAUACAUGCAUUGGCAAAAAGUAAUAGAGUGAAUGAUGCGAUGAAACUUUUGGAGGAAAUGCUUUUGAUGGGUUGUAUUCCUGAUGCUCAGACCUUCAAUGAUGUUAUUCAUGGCCUUUGCAAGCUCAAACGGAUUCAUGAGGCAAUAAAAUUGGUUGAUCGAAUGCUUCUUCGUGGUUUCACCCCUGACGAUGUAACUUACGGGGUUUUAAUGCAUGGAUUGUGUGAAAAUAGCCAAGUUGACGAAGCAAGGGCAUUGCUAAGCAAAGUGUUCAGCCCAAAUGUUAUACACUUCAACACAUUGAUGGAUGGAUAUGUUGCCAAUGGAAGGCUUGAUGAAGCUUGGGAUAUUCUGCGUAAUAUUAUGUCAAAUGUUGGAUGUAAGCCUGAUAUUUUUACAUAUAACAUACUGAUUCAUGGACUUUGCAAGGGAGGAUAUCUAGGUUCUGCUCUUGAAUUGGUCAAUGAGAUGAUAGAUAUGGGCCACAAUCCGAAUGUGUUCACUUACACGAUUUUGAUCAAUGGUUACUGCAAGGAGGGGCGACUUGAGGAGGCUGGUAGUAUUUUAAAUGAAAUGUCUUAUAAAGGAAUCAGUCUGAAUACAGUGGGAUACAAUUCCCUAAUAAGUACACUAUGCAAGAGUGGCAAGGUUCAUGACGCUAAGGAAAUGUUUGGUGAAAUGAAAAACAAGGGUUUCAAACCAGACGCAUGCACUUUUAAUUCUCUAAUAUUUGGUCUGUGCAAGGUGAAUGAAAUGGAAGAGGCCUUGGUAGUGUAUCGUGAUAUGUUGGUUGAGGGUGUUGUUGCCAACACAGUGACAUACAACACACUAAUUCAUGCUUUUCUGAGGAGUGGUGCCAUUCAGGAAGCACUCAAGCUUGUUAAAGAUAUGUUGUUUAGAGGAUGCCCUCUGGAUGAGAUCACCUAUAAUGGCCUAAUUAGGGCACUCUGCAGAGCUGGGGCUGUGGAUAAAGGAUUAGGGUUGUUUGAAGAAAUGUUGAUGAAGGGACUUGUUCUGAACAAUGUUUCUUGUAAUAUUGUGAUCAAUGGUCUCUGCUGCUCUGGGAGAACAAAUAAUGCACUUGAGUUUCUCAGGGAAAUGAUUUAUCGAGGUUUGACACCAGAUAUAGUCACCUAUAAUACCCUAAUAAAUGGUCUCUGCAGGGAAGGUCGCAUUCAGGAGGCCUUGAAUCUAUUUGAAAAAUUACAAGUUGAAGGAAUUUAUCCUGAUGCCAUUACUUAUAACACUUUGAUUAGUUGGCAUUGUAAAGAGGGUUUGUUUGAUGAUGCCUGUUUGGUUCUACAUCAAGGAGUGAAGAAUGGGUUUGUACCCAAUGGUCAGACUUGGUUCAUAUUGGUCUACAAUUUUGUGAAAGAAAAUGAAAGGAGGAAUUGGUCAUUCUCUGAAGUAUGACUGCCUGUUGUUUGAAAGAAACAAGUGGAUUAUGA